GUAAAGGAUUUGGAAAUGGUGGCUGUUAAUUUUGUACAUUUUAUUAUAGAUGUAUUAUAGAUUUAUAUUUAUAUAUAAAUGUUGUGUAACCACAAUUUUUGUCGCAUAUAUCUGGGUGAUAGUUUGCGUAUCUGAAAAUACACAGAACUAAGAUCAAGGAAGAGGUUCUCUUCCUGUUUUCUUUCUUGUUUUUUUUUUUUAACUACCCUUAAAAAGAGACUACUGGUGAUAGACAAAAAACUCUGUUAAGAAAACGGGAAACAGGGUUCAAAAAUCUGCUGGCAAAGACACGUUGGAGAGAAGUAAAACAAGCUAAAGAGGAUACCAAUUAUACAUCGAGAAGAAUGAGUAAAAAGGAUGAAGGAUUGUAAGAAUCGAGCAUUUACACUCAGCAAGGACUGCAUUAGUUCAAACAAGAAACCUCUUGGUCAGAUUCAAUGUGAUUAGUUGGACACAUAAGAAGAAACUGAAUAGACUGCAGGCUCGGUCAAAUGAAUGAAAUCAGAAGCAUGUGUAACAGUAGAUUUCAAACCAACCUGUUACCUUCCAUCUACGGUGUGGAGAUGUGUGUGGCGCUGAUGGGGAACAUCCUGGCUCUGUGGCUGCUGGUGACUAAAGAGAGGAGGAACUGGCACACGGGAGUGGUGUUCUCCUGCAACCUGGUCAUCAGUGACAUCUUUUACGCCCUCAGUCUUCCACUUCUUAUCAUCUACUAUUCUAGAGAAUUUAACUGGGAAUUUGGUAAUGCUGUCUGCAAAAUAGAGCGUUUUCUCUUCACCUGUAACCUCUACGUCAGCAUUUACUUUAUCACAUGCAUCAGUGUUAAUCGAUACCUGGCCAUCGUUCAUCCCUUCUUCACACGCAACCAUGUUCGUCCAAAACAUGCCAAGAUCAUCAGCGUGUUUGUCUGGAUUUUUGUGGCGAGCUUUUCAUCUCCAAUCCUCUAUUAUUCAGGUGUCAGUGGGAAAAGAUGUUCUUUAUUUGCACAUCAAAACAAUACCAGCAACUCUUCUCAAUCAGACCAGAAUUCUGAAAGGGCUACCUACAGGGUGUUUAUGGCUUUAAUAGGCUGUUUAGUCCCUUUUGUAAUUACUUUUGCUUCCUAUUUUGGUGUUUUAAGAGUGGUUUUAAAAAAUGAAACUAUCACUUCAUUAGAGAAGAAAAAAGUGGCUCUGAUUGUGGGUUUAGCCUGCAUCCUGUAUGCAGUGUCCUUUAUCCCAUAUCACAUUUUACAAAUAUGGCAGUUUAAAGUAAAAGAAGAAAGGAAAGGUAAAUCUAAUUGUUAUGUUCAUGAUGGAUACCAAAUGUCAAAGGCAUUAGCCUGUGUGAACAUGUGCCUUCAUCCCAUCCUGUAUAUGGCUGUGUUUGACAGUAUCAGGGCAGUGUGCUGCAGAAGGAGCCCAGAUGUUUUAGACAGUUAAAGAAUACUUUGUCAAAGUCCCUUGACUUGACCAUGCAUAAAGAUUGCAAGAUUAUAUGAACUUGGUUAUGUUGAUUUUUGCAUUUAGCAUGCACAUUAAAGGUUUGCAUGAGCAAUAAAAUUUUGAUCGUGUAAAUGUU